UCUGAGCCUCUCCUCCUGCUGUCAGCAGCUUGUGGACUCACCUUGCUCCUGGCUCUGCCUUUCAGGUUUGCCUGCAUCCACCAACCAUGACCUUCUACAGGGACUUCUACGAUGCUGGCUGCUGCUCCCUGCUGGGCUGGGAAGACCUCUAUGGCUUUGGGGGGCUGAAUGGCUACAGAUUUGGAGGCCCUUACGGCUACUACCAGGAGCAUCACCGCUACGGCAGCCCCUCCAGCUACGGAAGCUUCAGGAACCUGGAGGGCAGCAGGGGUUGGGCUGGGUUUGGUAGCUUCUAUGGGCAUGGGGACCUGUAUGGCUCUGGGUUUGGCUACCCCUUCUUCUCUGGGUUUGGCAACAGAGCCUUCUACUGACUGAGCAGCCCAGCACUGACCUGCAGGACCCAGGCUCACGGCUAAGGUUACGGCGCUGAGAAACGCUGAGCACCCCUGCUCUGGCUGAGGCCAGGGGGUGCCAGGCUGCCCCAGGCCCCUCUCUGACUUCUCCUCUUUCUGCAGCUAUUCCUCUAAAAAAAAAGGGCAACAUGAAUCACAGCAAGCACUGAGGCAGCUCCAGAGCACAAGCACCGAGACAGCUCCAGAGCACAAGCACCAAGGCAGCUCCAGAGCACAAGCACCGAGGCAGCUCCAGAGCACAAGCACCGAG